CCGCACAGAGCCCGACGCGGGGCUCGAACUCACGGACUGAGAGAUCAUGACCUGAGCCGAAGUCGGACGCUUAACUGACUAAGCCACGCAGGUGCCCCCGAAUUCCUUUUUUUAAUGUAGAAACGUUCCCCAGUGGGGUUUCUAUGUAUCGGUCACACAUGCCACAUAUACAAACGUAAAAUGCAUGGUACAGUUACACAUGUAGUGAGCUUAUUUGAAAUGGCAAAACAACUACGUCUGGCGACACUUGUACUACCGGAAUAAAUGAAUUGAUUUAUAGAUGCCCUGAUAUAACACUGGCUCCUUUUACCAAUCGCCAAGGUAUUAGUGAGUGUGAGGGAGACACUUGACCUCAAACUGGCCAUCCCCUUUGAAUUCUGUCCUAGUUCUCUCUCUGUUCAGGAUAUUCUGUUUACUUUAGAUAGCCUAUGUUUGCAUGGUUCUAAGAAAAUUUAUAAAGAUCUUCAAAUUUCAGAUCUUCCUGGUUGAGGGGAGAACCUUAAACAAAUCCCCCCAAACCUAAACAUUUUCUCAACAGUGUCUCUUCUCCAGGAUGGACUAUAAUAUGUAAUAACGUGGUCACAUUCCACUAUGGACAGAAGUCCCAUUUCCACAUCACCUUCGUGGCCGUGCGGGUGCUCUCAUAUGUUCAAGGGCUUCUGCUGGGGACGAGGACUUGGCUUUAGAGGCUUUGUAAUUUACCUGCUGUGACACGCACGUGCAACUGUUACCAUUUUCGUUCCAUUUCGCUAGAGAAGUAUUUCUCCUCCUUUCAGACCUACCGUCCCCUUCAUCAUCCUGAAGUAACACUUACAAAUAAUAGUAAUGACCUAUAGAUGUAACUUCCAAAAUAUCAACACAUUACCUAUGACAUAAAGGAAAGUAACUUAUUAGGAUAGUACUAUUGCAGCAUUUAAAGGCUGGAUGAAGUAGGUGGCAGCAUCUAUAGAAUCACUGUGAAGACAACAGCUACAAAUACAGCCCGGUAAACGAAUGGCAUAUCUGUGAAUUCAAUACCGUGAGUGGUUUGAGUUUCCUGGAAUGGUGAACACUUCCUAAUAUGCAAAGAAAAAGAAGUGUAUUUCCUUAAUUUUCCAAUAUAUAUCAAAGCUGUGCAAAACAUUUUGUAUCUGUAUGUAAGGCAGCGUUAGGUAACUAUUAACUUUUUUGAAAGUCUCACAGGAUCGGGAACAUUUUUUGUUUUGCAGGAAUGCCCAUUAUCCCUGACCUGCACUAAAUUCCAAUAGCACUAUCCAGUCAACGGGACAGUGAAAAAGAAAAAAACAAAAAACAAAAAACGCUCACCGAUUCCCCAAACUUCCCCGAGGAGGAUUACUGUAAUAAGAGAGAGAAGUAGCAGUGAACCGCCAACAAAGUAAUGCUAGAGUAGCUAAUGGGUCUGGGCCGCAAGACUGCGGGCCAAGCGGCCCGCCAGCUGGGGGGCAAAGUCCGGUUAAGGGAGGAGGCAUCAGGUGUGCAACUGGAUUUGUGCCGCAAGGAUCAAAAAGAGUUAGCCUCUUAUUUAGCCUGGUGGUAGGGCUUCCGUGUUCCCUGUUUCCAGCUGAAAGGCAGGUUUUUGGCAAAGCUGGAUACAGACGGCAUCACCCUGGAUACAGACAGCAACCCUCUUGGAUACAGACGGCAUCAUCACACUGCCCUCGAGGCUCACCCUGCGUGACUUCUUGGUGGAUGUCCUCCAUUCACCCUCACAUCUGGGAGGUUCCUGGUCUACGAGAAAGGAAAUACCUGUGAAACCAGAUCAUCUCCUAACCCGGCAGAUGUGUGAGCAGAAGCAUUAGGGGGAACGUUACACAGUUUGCAGCCUGUUGUCAAGCACAGGGGCUCCAGAUGAGUCCAUGCGAGAAUGGCUUAAAGAAGAAGCUUCAGUGGGGAAACUUGGGAGUCCAGAGAUGGGGGAGAAGAAAAGGCGCAGAUUCCCACAUUCUCCCAUUUUCCCAGCAGGAAGGUUGUGGCAGCUGGGGUGCUCCGCCGGUCACUCGGCACGGGUCAGCGUCCCGGGAGAGGGCCUUGCCGCUCUUCCCUUACGAGCCAGUGUAAGCACAGCCCUGUCGGUGGGGGCAGGAAUCCCAGCAUGUGAACUGCUUUGGUCGUUCGGUCGGAGGGAGGACAGCGGUGGAUGCUGGAUCUUCAGUGACCGAAAAUCCCUGUCUAGAUAGGGAGAUUUGAACUGAGCCAAAGCAUCAACACCAAUCCGGCUAUUGCCGAAGAAUAGAGUUUUCAGGGUCAGCAAUGGAAGGUCUCAGAGGGAAGACUGCCCAAGGUCGUACGAAUGAAGAAGCCUGUAAAAGUGGGGGCCGGUUGUCAAGGCAGACAAAAUGUCCCGUACGGAAGACAUCUUCUUUUGGGAAAACAGCGAUCAGGAAAGUGUCAGAGACCCUCAAGGAAAUUUUCACGAGGGAGAGAGGUCCCGAAUCUAGUGAAUUCAGCCCGAGCUCAGAAGUUAAUACCCAGCAGAAAACUCCAGAGGGAGCUAGAUCCCCCAUAUCUAGGAAACACUUAGAAGACAAUUCAGACUUAAUUCAACACCAAAAACUCUUCCCACAGAAGAAACCCUGUAAAUGCAACGAAUGUGGCAAAGCCUUCAGUUACCAGUCAGACCUUAUGGUCCACAGUAGAACUCAUGGUGGAGAAAAGCCUUUUGAAUGCCACGAGUGUGGGAAAACCUUCAGCCGAAGCACACACCUUCUCGAACAUCAGAGAACUCACACUGGAGAGAAGCCGUAUGAAUGCGGUGAGUGUGGAAAGGCUUUCAGCCGGAGUACUCACCUUAGUCUACACCGGAGGAUCCACACGGGAGAGAAACCGUAUGAAUGCGGUGCGUGCGGAAAAGCCUUUAGCCGAAGCACUAACCUCAGUCAGCAUCGGCGAACUCACACCCAAGAAAGACCUUACAAAUGUAACGAGUGCGGGAAAGCCUUCGGUGACCGGUCAACCGUAAUUCAGCAUCAGCGCAUACACACGGGCGAGAACCCGUACGCGUGUCGCGAAUGCGGGAGAGCUUUCAGCUGGAUCUCCUCCCUCGUUGAGCACCAGAGGACGCACACCGGGGACAGCCCCUACGCGUGCAGCGGCUGCGGGAAGGUGUUCAGCAGAAGCUCGUCCCUUAGCGAACACCAGAGGAUCCACACCGGAGAAAAGCCCCAUGAGUGUGGAGAGUGCGGGAAGGGCUUCGGUCGGAGCUCCUCCCUCAUCAUUCACCAGAGAACUCACACGAGAGAGAAGCCGUACAAAUGUAACGACUGUGGGAAAGCCUUCAGUCAGAGUUCAACUCUCAUCAGACAUCAGCAGCUUCACGCGAAAGGGUAACAUCUGAGCUCUCGUUGAUGGCAGCGUAAGAGCACACAGCGUGACUUCCUGUCGCUACACGUCUUGGAAGUCCCCCCUCUACUAGCUGGCCAGAAGCCAAUUUCAAGUUAGCCUUCCUGCCUUCCUUCCUUGAUGCUCAAAGGACUGAUCAAGACAAGGGGAUGACUUUCAGAAGCCAACACGUUCCAUCCCCCACUAUUCUGGAGGACUCCAGACUUCCAGUAUAGACCUCCUACCUGACACCUUGUAUUUGCUCACUUUAUUUGUUCUGCAGGGCUUGGCUCCCUGAACGGUCAGUGAACCUUCUGUUUCCCGACCACAUCAGCCCCUUUACUUAAGAGGAAAUCCUGUGUGUGUGUGUGUGUGUGUGUGUGUGUGUGUGUGUGUGAGAGAGAGAGAGAGAGAGAGAUGCUGGCUCUAGUCACAGAAGAGAAGGAGCUGGCUUCAGAACAGGACAAAACACUUCCCACUGGUUUGGUGAUAAUAGCGUUGAGGCAAAUUCAGUCCCUCAUCUUAUAAGGACAGAUUUUUCUCUUAAACCUUUUUUGCUGUAGCGUAUUUUCCUCAAAGUAUAAACCAUGGUUCUACUAAUGUGCUUAAUUAAUCCUAGUAGUAUUUUAGCUCUUCCUUACCAAGAAUGUCCUGACACUUAGCGUUUAAUUUUUCCAUUAUUUAGAAAAAAUGCUGCCCUAGUUUUUAAAUUUUUCUUUUGUUUACAGACUUCAUGAAGCUUCGGCCCUCUGGCCCUAAUGCUCACUGAUCCUGUAGAGCUGAUCUCUCAAGGACAAAUUCAGUGCCUAUUUCUUAGUCUUUUUCCUACUUGACAUUUGCAGAAUUGGCACUUUUGGCCACUCUUAGGCCUUAACAUUUGGGCUUCUGCUGGGAUCCAUGAUUGUGUGCUGAUCCACACUUUCCCUACCUCCCAACAUUCUCUGGUUACACAGUGAUGAGCUCUAUAACUUUGGGCAAGAAUUAGACCAGAAUAGUCUCAUUUUAUCGGGCCAUAAUACUUGAGGUUAUUCAAUGAGGUUGUAAGCUUCUUGAAGACACAAACCUUUCUUUAGAUCCCUUUAAAGCAUCCAAAGUGCUGAGCAGUCCCUAAAUGCCCUGUGAUUAUUGCCCGCCUUAUCCCAGGUAAUCAGUUGGCUAGGUUUUAUCUGAAAUGGCUUACGAGUUGAUUUCUCUCUCUGUUCUUAACUGCUGCUGCCGGGGCCUCAGGAGUUUGGGCCCAGAUUGUGAGAGUAAACACCAUUGUCUCCCUGUCUCCAACUCGAUGCCUGACUAAACAAUCACCUUGUCUGAAGAGUCCACAGUUCUCAUUGUCCCUGGGAAAAAGGUCAGACUGUAACUUCAAGGCCUUCCACAGUUAGGUCCAUUUCCUUAUUUUCCAUUACUGCCCGGUAUCCGUGGGCAGACCUGUCCUUUGUCUCUACCACACCCUCUGUUCACACUUGGCUUCUUUUCCAACUAUUCUGUGGCACCCUUUUACACUUCCUGCUUUCUUCCUUGUGUCUCCGGAAAUCCUAUCCACACUCAAGUCUGCCCCCACUGACACUUCUAGUUCCCCACCUGAGAAGUCCUUUGCAGAAGGGGCACCUGGGUGGCUCAGUCGGUUGAGUGUCUGACUUCGGGUCAGGUCAUGAUCUCGUGGUUCGUGAGAUUGAGACCCGUGUCCGGCUCUGUGCUGAUGGCUCAGAGUCUGAAGUGUGCUUCAGAUUCUGUGUGUCUCUCUCUCUGCCCCUCCCCCACUCACACUCUCUCUCAAAAACAAACAUUAAAAAAGAAGUCCUUUGCAGUGAUGGUUUGAGUGUAUUUUCCUACAUUACACACUUUCUUAUUCUGUUCUCAGAUCCUUUCAGGUGCUUUUUUUCCAUAAGCUUUUGAAGUUAGAAAUUGUCUUAAAUCUCUUAGAAGCCCCAUCUAACACAUGGUACAAUGCAGGUCUGCACUCUCGUUUUAAUCUAAACCAGGAGGGUUUAAUUUAAUAGUGCAGUGUCUUUAGUCUUUUGACUGGUGAGAUGACCUCAUAAAUAUUUUGGUCCUUUUUGUCCUACUUUGAAUUAUGUAAAUUCACUCUUGGGACUAAGUGUCCUUUAGAGCUCUGGGAUGCUGGCGUCUUGGCUUUCCAUCUCGUGGGACUGUUGUAAGGAACAAAUGAAAUGAGUUUAUUCAUGUAAAGUGAUGAAAACAGUGGCUGACAAAGUAAGCGCUCAAUAAAUGCAAAUUGUUAUCAUUCUACUGCUUCA